AUGGAGCACGAUGAAAUACCCAUUCGCCGUCCGAAUGGUUCUUCCUCCGGCUCUGAUGAAGACGGCGCCCCCUCCGCUACAUACGCGUAUGCCCCUUCUGCUGGCUACGAUGCCUCCGAGUCCACCGUUACAUACACUCCUACCUCCUCCAUUUCAGCCUAUACUCCUUCCACCGGCUUCUCCUCUGGCCUGUCGUCCUGGACCUCCUACGCCCCGCGGCCCAGAACCAACAGUACAGGGGCCCAGCCCGCAACCAUGGACCGCUCUUUCUCGGGCGAUCCUCCACCCGCUCCAGGAGACAUACGUGCUGGUAGACCGGGAGCCCCCUUACGGACGCCCUCAAACACCUACGCUCCACCGCGAAGACCUCCGCAGUUUCUCUCUCUGAACUCGAAGCGGCUGCACUCGUCGAGCACGAUGCGCAGCUCUAGAAGAGACCCGAAUGCACAGUACAAGGCACAAGAGAAGGCUUACGUCCAGCGAGUGCGACAGCAGCCACAGGAUUGGCUCGACAAUGACCCGCGGACGCCCAGCAUCGGGUAUAUUACAGACGAUGAGACGGACGAUGAAUCACCCUCAACCGAACACCAGUUCGAUGAUCCCUAUGAUCCGGAAACUUUGAUGUUUCUGGGAAACGAAGAUAACCUGCAACCCUCUGAAGAGGAACUGCAGAAUCCACAAAACCGGGAACGACUCGAGUGGCACUCGAUGUUGGCCUCUGUCCUCAAAGGCGAUGUCGUCAAGCAAGAAAAGCAAAGACUGAUUGGGACGACUGAGCAAAUCUCGAGGUCGGAAAUUGGUGCUGAGAUCUGGAUAGGUGCGAGGGCAAAAUAUUACGGACGGCCGUUACAAAUGCAGAAGAAACUCAUUGAGGAAGGCCGUUCCAACCUGGGGCCGAUUAUCGAAAGCCUCAUCGCUUUCGAGAUUAAAGGGGAAACCGUCGUCGGCAAGUCGCCCCUGGAACAAGUCGAGGAGGCGGUGGCGAAUGUUGAAAAGGUACAAUGGUUGUAUCCCUCCCGGAGAGAACUCGAAGCUGCCCAGUCCCGGGCUGCUUCUGAUGCAUUUCGAGACAGCUGCGAUGCCGUCGUUUCGUGGCAUAACAUUACGCAGCUGAUCAACACCGAGCUUGCCGUUCUCCAGGCCUGGGUUGGAAAUUCGGAACUCGAUUUUACGAAGCCAAAGCGUCGGUCUAGCGAUCAAGGCGACCUGUCUGACGAAUCUUCAUUCAUCGACAGGAUUCUGAAGGAGGAUGGGUUGAAGUCACUGCAGGGCGAAAAGAGCAUGUUCAAGGGGAUUGGUGAGGUCAUUACCAAGGCCAAAAGCACACUCAUUGAGAACGCCGAGGCAUUCGCCGCCCGUCACCUUCCUCCUUAUAUCGAAGAGCUUCUGACUCUGAUCAACUUCCCUUCCAGGUUGAUCCAGGAGAUCAUCCGAAUGCGAUUGUCCUAUGCGAGAAAGAUGAAGGAAUCGGCACAGCAGUCUGUCAUGAUUAUCGAUCAGAUGAUUGCGCAAUUCCAGAUACUCAUGAACCUUGCAUGCCUCAUCAAGCAACAGUACCUGGCCAUCUCGCAUCCGGAGCCAGGGUGGGACUUGCCACCCUGUAUCGACGAGAACUUUGACUCUGUCAUUGUCGAAGCCCUCAAAUUCUACUUCAAGAUGCUCAAUUGGAAGCUGGGCGCCAACAAGAACACUUUUCGAGAAGCCGAGAUACUCGAGCAGGAGUGGGGCUUUUCCAACGAAAUUGGACGCCAGCUCGAAGGAGGGGAUAUCGAAGUCGCCGAGCAAUUCAGUUCCCUCACAGCCAAAUCACUCCUGCGCUUGACUACGUCGUUUGAACGCGAGCUCAGAUCUAAACCGGACGAGAGCCCCCAGGACAUGGAAAAGCGGUACAAGACGAUUCUCGACUCGGUACGGGUCCGACAACGAAAGCUGUUCCGGUUCUCGCGUAUUUUGAGGCAGCGUUUUGAAAACGCAACCGAAUUUAAUCUGUCCAUGGAUGACCAACAAAUUCGACACUUUACGGAGUCCCUCAUUCUGUCCGGUCAUUUCUUGGUGGACAUGGGAUCAAACAGCCCGAAGGGAGUGCACUUCGUCGCCUCCCCGUCACUGUGGAAUCGACCAAAGGAGAUACAGUCCAUCUUGGGAACAUCAUUCCAUUCCGAUGACGCACCAGAAGACCCUUCGAAUCCCUACAUUCUUAUCAUCAGGCCUGAAGACGACAUGCUCUGGGAAGGGCCACGAAUGGAUGUCGAUGUUCUGGAAUUGCCCAACGAUGUCAGACUGGGGCGCCUGCGGCUUGUAGCGGACGGAUCAUCUCUCCGGCUUCAAGGUGCUCGAAUGGAGUUUGCAAAUGCCGUGGGAAAGGAAAUGGAUAUCGUCAUUGAGCAGCGGGCCAAUCUUUCCCGGGUCAACCUGGAGCUCGGAAAAAUCAAGAAAACCACCUUCAAACUUUCGAACACGAUCAUGGAGAGUGUGGAGGUCAUUCGGUCGCAGAAUGGUGGUAUCGCUAGUCCUGAGUUGGUCCAGUCCUGCUUUGCGUUUGCCACUGAAUUUGGCAAACGAUCGCUGACAUACAUGGACGCGAACCGGCGGAUGAUGAAUAACUUGAAGCUGACCAGGCUUGCACUUGACUGGAUCAGCUUUAUCUGCGAUGACUGUGACGCUGCCGAUCGAAGGACGUUCAAAUGGGCGGUUGUUGCCUUGGAAUUUGCCAUGGCCAUGACGCGCGGCCGCAAUAUUCUAGACAUCAGCGAGGAGGACUACAAACGUAUCAGGGGCAAGGUAGCCGGGUGCAUGUCUGUCUUGAUCUCACAUUUCGACAUCAUGGGAGCCCGCUCCACGCUGGCGGCGCAGCAGGAGAAGUCGAGAAUGGAGGCGCUGUCGGGUAUGAACAAGCGUCUCGAUUUCAACAAACUGAGAAACGACGAGGACUGCUGGAAGGAGAUGUCUGAACAGAGACUGGGGCAACUCAAUGCGAUUGACCAGGCUCGUGAGGAACGGGGCACCGCCAAAACAACUCUGGGUCGAGUGCUGGAAGGAUCAAAUGAAGCGGACCGGUCGCUGACGUUCUUGUCCGCGUCGGCGACAAACAUCACCAUGAGAUGGCAGCAAGGUCAAUUUGUGGGAGGGGGCACUUUCGGAUCGGUGUAUGCGGCACUGAACCUCGACACUGGAACCCUGAUGGCGGUCAAGGAGAUUCGUCUUCAAGAUCCACAACUCAUUCCCACCAUCGUGAAGCAGAUCGGCGAUGAGAUGGGUGUCCUGGCUGUUCUGGAUCACCCCAACAUUGUGUCAUACUACGGCAUCGAAGUUCACAGAGACAAGGUCUAUAUCUUUAUGGAAUAUUGCUCUGGUGGCUCGGUUGCCGGUCUUCUCGAACAUGGCCGCAUCGAGGACGAAACCGUCAUCAUGGUCUACGCUCUGCAGAUGCUGGAAGGGCUGGCCUAUCUGCAUCAAGCACAUAUAGUGCACCGAGAUAUCAAACCGGAGAAUGUUCUGCUGGACCACAACGGUGUGAUCAAAUAUGUGGAUUUUGGCGCCGCGAAAAUCAUUGCUCGACAAGGUCAGACCAUGAUGGGCAUGGAACCGGUUCAGCGGGUCAAUGGCGAGGCAGGCCACCUUGCGAACGGCGCCGGGGUCGCGCGACAGCCACAGAAGACCAUGACGGGAACACCGAUGUACAUGUCUCCGGAAGUCAUCCGAGGAGAUGCGCCCGCGACCUCACGUUUCUCCGGUGCGGCCGACAUUUGGUCCCUGGGCUGCGUGAUCCUCGAGAUGGCCACUGGUCGUCGUCCCUGGUCGACGUUGGACAAUGAGUGGGCGAUCAUGUACAACAUCGCCCAAGGCAACCCGCCACAAUUGCCGACCGAAGACCAGCUCAGCGACAUGGGCAUUGAUUUCUUGAAGAAAUGCUUCGAACGAGAUCCGGCCAAGAGGAGCACGGCGGCAGAAUUGCUGCAGCAUCCCUGGAUCGUGGAGAUCAGACGACUGGUGGUCGAUGAUCCCGAUGCUCAGACGCCGCGGAGUGAUUCGAGCACCUCUAGUGGAGGGAACCCUUUUUCAUUCAGGCAGAACUCGACAUCUUCUGUAGGGACGCAAUAG